CACAAUUCGCUUGUGAUUUCACACUAUUGGCGCGUUUUUUUUUUGGUGGCAGCACUCACGAAUUUCGAACGAUACUUAAAAAAAAAAAAUAUUUUGUUUUAACGGCAAUUCACAUUACAUGCUUAUGUAAAGCACAUCGUUGUUGUAUUCGUUCAAAGUCAUUGUUUGCAAUUUUCAAUCUUCUAUUUGCAUAAUUUUAUAAACAUUCUAGUGUAUUUUUAAGAAUUUUAUUUUUAUAUUGCUAAUUUAAUACGGAACAAUCGAAUUGUUUUUGUGAAUUGUGAAAUAGGUAAAAAAUAGGAAAAAUGUCAAAUGAUCGUGUAUCUUAUAUGUAUCAACGUGAUCCGAGUAUUGAUCGACGUUAUCGUCCAAAACCCCGAAAAAUCCGUGAUUUGUUCAAAGAGAUAACGGAAGAAGAAGACACAGAAAAUGUAGCACCGAAUGGCAGCAAUUCGAUGUCAAGUGCUUGCUCACAGAAUAGUUCGGACACGAUCGACACAACGGCAUCGGUGUUUUUGCGAUUACGACCGAUAAAAAAAGCAUGCAAACACUAUGAAGCCGAGAACAAUCUGUUAAAAGUGCUUCCGAUUGAAAUGGCCACCAGUAAUAAUAAAGAUAUGGCUGAAAAACACUUUGAAUUCUCAAAAAUAUUCCACAAUAAUGCUACGCAAUUGGAUAUUUACAAUCAAUCCGUGCAUGUAUCCAUUCAAAAUGAAGAGAAUCUCACGAUAUUGACGUAUGGGACAAGUGGUUCAGGAAAAACGUACACGAUGUACGGCACAGAAUCAGAUGCUGGUAUUGUUCAACGUGCCAUUGCUCACAUUUUCUCAAUGGACCAACAAAUCAUUUGCCCGACGCCAGCGGCCAAAAUUGACAAGGGCAAUUUUUUAUUGGUUUCCGAGGAAAAUAUCAAAGAUGAACUGAACUUUAAAUCACAAUUUGUGAAAAAUGAAAACGCAUUGAAGAAUAAACAGAUGCUGAAGCAAAUUUGCGAUGAACAUGAAUUCCAGCUGGUGGAAAACCCAGUGUGGCAGUUUGUUUUUGUAUGGAUUUCAUUUGCUGAAAUUUACAAUGAAAAUGUGUACGAUUUGUUGAAACCGAAUGCAGGAGGUACAGUGACAAAGCGUAAAAAUCUGAAGAUUAUAUCCAACGAUGGCAAUUCAUACAUCAAAGAUUUGGCAUCCGUUCAUGUAGCAUCGGCCACCGAAGCAUUUGAUGUGAUUCAAGCCGGCCUACAGCAAGUCAACUAUGCAUCGACUAAUAUAAAUGCGAACUCAAGUCGGUCGCAUUGUAUACUCAUCGUGAAUGUGAUUCAUUUCUCGUAUCCUGAUCGAUAUUCGACGUCUACGUACAAGUUUUGUGAUUUAGCUGGAUCGGAGCGGUUAAAGAAGACCGAAAAUGUUGGCGAUCGACUGAAGGAAGCGCAACGUAUCAACACAUCAUUAAUGGUUUUGGGCCGUUGUUUCGACCUCAUGUUCCAUAAUCAACAGUCCAAGGGAUCAAAGGAAGUGGUGCCAUUCCGCGAAUCAAAAUUAACAAUGCUCCUACAGAAAUCGCUUAUGGGUCACGAAAAGAUUACCACGAUCGUAACCAUGGCACCGAAAAUUGAUUUCAUGGAAGAAAAUCUACACGUACUGAAUUUUGCAUCAAUCGCACAACAAAUUGUCUACAAGCAGCCCAAGCAAGAGUCAAGAGACCGCCGAACUGCACGAAGCACACGAUUCUCGUGGUUCAUGAAUAGCAUUGGUCAACGAAAUGAUAGCGACUGGAACGAUCUUUUCGAAGAGAACCAACGUUUAGAAAACGAAAACAUGGAUCUUCGAUAUGAAAAUGAGCAGCUAGUUGAACAAUUAGAUGGAUUAAAAGCUGUACUAAUGGAAGCUAAGAAGGAAGAACAGGAAUUAAGAAAUCAACUGGUUGAAGAACGUGAACAAAUGGUCAAUAAUGCAAAUAAAAAAGCUGCGAAACGUCUGGCAUACGAACAGUCAAAGGCUCAGAAAGUGAUAGAUGAACUUAAGCAAGAACUCAAUUUACUGCGACAGAAGCAAGCGACACAAAGCGAUGAAGAUGAAUCAGAUGACGACGAUAAGGAAGAGGUGGAGAUCGAUUCAAGUUUGGAUGAACAAGAACCAGCUGAUAGCACUAUCCCAUUUGAAGACCUGGAACAUCAUGGUGCUGAUGGCGAAUCAUUUGAAAAAAAACGUCGCCUAAGCUCUCCAUACAAAUGAUCGAUCACCGAAGAUCACGAUUUCUUAGUCAUGGAACACAUUUGGUUUCUUACAAAACAAAACAUCCUACAUUAAAAGAAUAAAUUACAUUCAUAGUUCA